UUGCGCAAGAUAGACGUUCACGCCCAUUACAUUCCCCCCAGCGUCGUGAACGCUGAGGCCGGUGGCGAAGACUGGUAUGGGCUGGUUUAUUCGGACCGAACCGGCCCUGGAUUCGACGAUCCCAACGGUCGCCGGGUGGUUAUCAACAGUCCCAAGCUUCGAUUUACGCCGGCAGAACGGGUGGCCGACAUGGACGCCAGCGGCACCGACCUUCAGGUGGUGUCGAUCCACACCCCUUUCUUUGGUUACAGUUGGGAUUCUGUUCAGACGCAGGAGAUGGCUCGAGAAGUGAACGAUGCAAUUGCCGAGCUGGUCCGGCAGCAUCCCCAAAGGUUCGCUGGCAUGGCAACAUUGCCGGUCCAGGACGUCGCCGCAUCCAUCGACGAACUGGAACGGGCGGUGAAGGUGCUGGGAUUGAAAGGCGCUGAGCUGGACGCGGUGGUGAACGCCGAGAAUUGGGACGAACCGCGUUUCCUGCCGUUGUUCAAAGCCGCGGAGGCGAUGGACGCCCUGCUCUUCUUCCACCCACAGCCCCAGGCCAACAUCGUGGCGCUGGAACGGUCGCGCAAGUAUUCGCUGCCCAACAGCGUGGGCGUGCCGCUGGAGGACACCAUGGUAGUGGCGACGCUGAUCUUUGGGGGAAUUUUGGAAGAGUGUCCUAACCUGAAGGCAUGUAUCGCACACGGCGGCGGCCCGGCCUGUUUCGGUAUGGGCCGGAUGGAUCACGGCUGGUUGGUGCGCCCGGAAGCCCGGGUCAAUAUCGCCAGGCCGCCCAGCACCUAUCAAAAGCAGCUGUACUACGACUUCCUCACCAGCAGCGAACCCGCGUUGAGGUUCCUCAUCGACGCGGUGGGCGCCGACCGUGUAGUGAUGGGCAGCGAUUGGCCUUUCGUCGAAUGGGACCCGUCUCCAGGCGGUUGGUUGGAUGGUUUGCAAAGCCUUUCCCACGAGGAAAAGGAAAAGAUCAGUCACCAAAAUCUGGAGCUGCUGCUGGGGAUUUAG